AUGGUGCAAGUCAAAAUGUCCAAAUCGCCCGUAGACCCACUGUCUGCUGUGGAAACAGGCUCUCAGUCGCACUAUUUUCAGCUGCCCAGGAAGUUGCCUAAACGCAAGAGCCGCUUCAAACGCUCAGAUGGCAGCACAUCUUCUGACACAACAUCCAGCUUCAUCAAACGGCAGGGGUCGGCUGAUUCGUACACCAGUAGACCGUCGGAUUCAGACCUGUCAGCAGAGGAGGACCGCGAGGCGUAUCGGCGUGAAGCCGAGCGCCAGGCACAACUGCAGCUCGACAGAGCUAAGUCCAAACCUGUAGCGUUUGCAGUAAAGACGAAUGUGAGUUACUGCGGAGCUCUGGAUGAGGACUGUCCUGUCCAAGGAGCUGCAGUCAAUUUCGAUGCCAAAGACUUCCUGCACAUCAAAGAAAAGUAUAAUAAUGACUGGUGGAUCGGCCGGCUAGUAAAGGAGGGAGCAGACAUCACCUUCAUCCCCAGCCCUCUACGACUGGAGGCCAUGAGGCUCAAGCAGGAGCAGAAACAAAGGAAAACAGGGGGUAACUCCUCCAGUUUAGGGGACAUGGUGACUGGGAGUUGGAGGACAACACCGCCAUCUGCAGGUGAAUCCAAACAGAAGCAAAAACAGGAACACGUCCCUCCCUACGACGUGGUGCCCUCUAUGAGGCCGGUGGUCCUCGUGGGACCAUCGCUGAAGGGCUACGAGGUGACGGAUAUGAUGCAGAAAGCUCUUUUUGACUUCCUGAAACACAGAUUUGAAGGAAGAAUCUCAAUCACUCGUGUAACUGCCGACCUCUCUUUAGCAAAGAGAUCUGUCCUCAACAAAAGACCCAUAAUGGAGAGAUCCAACACUCGCUCCAGCCUAGCGGAGGUUCAGAGUGAGAUUGAGAGGAUAUUUGAACUCGCCAAAACCCUGCAGCUGGUGAUUCUGGACGCGGACACCAUCAACCAUCCUGCACAGCUAGCCAAAACCUCCCUCGCACCCAUCAUCGUCUACGUGAAAGUUUCCUCACCAAAGGUGCUCCAGAGGCUGGUCAAAUCCAGGGGGAAGUCUCAGAGCAAGCACCUGAAUGUGCAGAUGAUGGCUGCAGACAAACUCUCUCAGUGCCCCCCGGAUAUGUUUGAUGUCAUUUUGGAUGAGAACCAGCUAGAAGAUGCAUGUGAGCAUUUGUCUGAAUACCUGGAGAUCUACUGGCGUGCCACUCACCUCCCAGGCAACACCCCUCUUAACCCCUUAUUGGAGCAGAGCCUGACCCCGCCUUCUGCCAUCUCCAGCCUGCAGGACCAGAACAAGAACCAGCCGCAGCCCCGUGAGGCAGUGGUCAGCUUGGAGGCUGAGGAGGAGGAGCCAGCUGAGGAGGCCCACUCCCCUCUGGAGCAGGACAGUCUCAUGCCGUCUGACGAGGCCAGCGACUCCCUGUCUCGCGGCCGGAGGGGGAGCCCGCGCCCCAGGGUGGGCGUGGAGGGAGAAGAGGAGGAAGAAGAAGAAGAAGAAGAAGAGGAGGAGGAGGAAGAGGAGGAGGAGGAGGAUGAGUAUGCCUCGCCCUGCCACGCUCGCACAUACAGGGACAUGUACCCCCCUCACCGUGGGCACGCCGGCGGCGCCCACAGCGCCAACGGGCACGAGUCACAGGACAGGCUGCUCCAACGAGAAGCUCAGCAAGGUCACAACCAGAGGAACAACCGCCAGCGCAGCCGCCCAUGGCCCCGAGACACCUACUGAGGAGCGGGGCCCCUCCUACCGGCCUCCAGACGAGAUCCCCCCGACCGUCAAACGAUUUAGAGAUGAAAAGCCCCCAAAAAAAUCAGCUCAAAAUCAGAAUCAGACGCCCAGUUUAUUGAGUUCUCUACUUUAGGUUGUAUUACAGUAUUCUCUCUCUUCCAGACUCCCGGUUUUGGUUUAUUUAAAGGGGGACACACCGACCUCUCCAGGGUCACGUCAUUCAGAUCAAAGUCAACAGGGCUACUAAACCUCUGCAGUGGAAAGGCUUCAGGCUACCAGCUGUAACGCAAACUCAAACUUCAGCUGCUUGCGCCUAAAGGUUUCCUCUAUCGUAGGAUGUCUCAUAUACUGGCCUUAAAAUUCCUAAGACUUUUAACUAUCUUUACUAUUGCAUGUACGAGUAUAAUUAUUUUAAGACUUAUUUGCACAUUGACGUCAGAACAGGAACUGAAUGACCUUUACGG